AUGCUGAGGCGCCUGGGUGGUGCCCCCACCGCAGAGCCAGCCAUGGCCCGGAGGCGCACAAGGGACCAGCUCCCCGGCGGCUACAUCGCCGACGCAGGCAGCGGGACGCUGUACAAGCGCGGCCGGCUCCUUGGCCAGGGUGCUUUUGGGCGAUGCUACGAGCUCAUGGACGUGUCCAGCAGCAAGGUCUACGCGGUGAAGAUCAUCCCGCAGGCCCGGCUUGCCGAGCCGGGGAACAGGCAGCGGGUGGAGAGGGAGAUCGAGCUGCACGGCCGCCUGCGCCACCGGCACGUCGUCGGCUUCCACGGGCACUUCGCCGACCGCAGCAACGUCUACGUAGUGCUGGAGUACUGCAGCCGCAGGACCCUGGCUGACAUCCUGCGGGUCCGGGACACGCUGACGGAGCCGGAGGUGCGGUACUACCUGCGGCAGAUCAUCUCGGGGCUGCGCUACCUGCACGGGCAGGGCAUCGUGCACCGGGACCUCAAGCCGAGUAACCUCUUCGUCACCACGAGCAUGCAGGUGAAGAUCGGCGACAUGGGGCUGGCGAGGCGCGAGGGGCCGAGCGGCCGGCGCUGGGGCGCCGUCUGCGGGACGCCCGGCUUCCUGGCCCCGGAGGUGGUCGACAGGAGGGGACACUCGGCGGCCUCCGACGUCUGGGCGCUGGGCUGCAUCAUGUACGCGGCGCUGGCGGGUUCCUCCCCGUUCGAGGGCGCCAGCCGGCAGGAGCUGUACCGGCGCAUCCGGGCGGCGCGGCUCCCGCUGCCCGGCAGCCUCUCGCCCGGCGCCCGGGCCCUCGUCGCCAGCCUGCUGGCCCCGGAGCCGGCGGCGCGGCCCGGCCUCGGCGACGUGCUGCGCCAUGACUUCUUCACGCAGGGCUUCACUCCGGACACGCUGCCGGCCCGUGCCUGCCGCUCGGCGCCUGUCUUCGCCAGGCCCAACCUGCUGUGCCAAGUGCUGCGGCGAGCUGCCGCGGCGCUGCUCGGGGGGUGCCAGCAGCCCCCCAACAGCGGGCCACGGCCCUCCCUGCCCAGCCCGGCAGGGACCCGCGGGCACCGCACCGCUGAGGCUGUCGCAGGUGCCGUGCAGGAGGGCGUCCCCGGCCACCCCGACUUCCGAGAUAGGAACUGA